CCACUCCUGAAAACACUCUUAGCUGAAAAAUCAAGAGUGCGCGCGUCGACUGAUCCACCGACUGACAGACGCGACUUGUCAAAGUCACAUUUUGAUUAUUAUUUAUCGAAAACUUAUUGUUAUUGAUGACUACCUGUUGAGUUUGCGCGGAAAGAGCAAAGUGCUGGCUGAAAGAACUGUUUAAGUGGUCGCGGAGCUGCUGAAAGGACUUUGAGGUAUGCCGCGAGCUUUUUUGUAUACUCAUCGCAGGUAUAACUGCCAGGAGGAGGAGGAGCAAAAAGGUUUGAGUCCAGAACACAACGUCAGCUUAGCUGAACCAAUGACCACAGACAUACAAUCCUCAGAAAACAGUUCAGAAUGUCCCGACGAGCUAUACAAUCUAACGAAACUAGCAGAAGUCGCCGUAGCUACAGGCCAAAUACUAGAACAAAGACGGAUGAAUUGUUCUUCGUCUAGCGCCGAGGACGAACCACCAUCGUUUACUUACACGCACAAAUUGUUCGAUAAAUCGUCCAGGAUACCGCGACCACAUUUAACCAAGACUGAUGAAGACUCCAAAGACUCCAAACCGAUAAUAUUCGAUCUAUCCUCCAAACCCCAAACGCCCACUCCUAGUCAGACGGACUUGAUGUCUUUAACCACGCCGGUAGGCUCAAUUUCACCAUCGUUAUCUUCUUCGGAGCACCACGAGCAUGAGUGUUCUGAAUGCGGGAAGAAAUAUAGCACGUCUAGUAACUUAGCGAGGCAUCGUCAGACCCACAGAAGUCCUGCUGAUAAGAAAGCUAGGAGGUGUCCACAUUGUGAUAAGAUAUACGUAAGCAUGCCAGCAUUUUCCAUGCACGUUAGAACCCACAACCAGGGUUGCAAGUGUCAGUAUUGCGGUAAAUGCUUCUCGAGACCUUGGUUGCUGCAAGGGCAUAUCAGAACGCAUACGGGCGAGAAACCAUUUAAAUGUACGAUAUGCAACAAGGCUUUCGCCGACAAAUCCAACCUCAGGGCCCACAUUCAGACCCAUUCCAAUACUAAACCGCAUAUUUGCGGCCGAUGUGGUAAAGCUUUUGCUUUGAAAUCGUAUCUCUACAAGCACGAGGAGUCUUCGUGUAUGAGGAUGAACGCCGGGCGGCAUAGUUCGAGGGAAACAACUCCCGAUAAGAGUUUAGCGGCAUCGCCGACUCCUGUCAUAGUGUCGCUACCUCCCAGGAUCUCAGACUCUGUGAUCAAGGGACCAGAUGCCAUUAGGACGCCCAUGCUGUAUAGGUCAACUGUAAUAUCCCCCAAUCCAGAAAGGAUCCUCUACUCUACCAUCAAGCAUCCAUCAGUAAUUUUGAAUGCUACUCGAUUCGUGGAAAGCAUGAGUCUCCAGGAUCAACCCAUGGACUUCUCGUCCUCCAACAAGGAGAGGUCCUUCGGUCCGAAUAACGACAGAGGAUACUUGGGUUUGGCGAUAGCUGUUUGAACGAGGUUCUUCGUUACUGUUAAAAUUAAAAUUCCUAUUUGAUGGGACCAUAAAAAUUCCAGGAAAAGGUUUGAUUGAUAAUGUUUUUUUUUAUUUAAUUUUUUUGUUAUUUUGAUGAAAAGGUGAAGAAUUACUUGCAUGCAAUUUGGUAAUAAUUGUAGUUUAUUUGAAAUAAAUGUUUUGAUAUUUUGAUGAAAAUUUAUUAAUUUUAAAUGGUUUUAUAUCGAAAUAUUUGUGAUUGAUAUUUUUUUUUUUGUAUGAUUUAGUGGUAAAAUAUUGAAAAAUUGGGAGUAUUUUUCUUAUACAGAAUGAGCGCGAAAAGAAGGGCAAUAAAGUGAAAUAUCUGGGACGGUUUUUAAUAUUUACUAUACAGGGAGUGAUAGAAAAGUUUCACACAUUUCCUCUUUCUCUCUCUUAUGUUUUACGAGAUUCCAUUAAUGGUCUUUUGAAAUAUACGCUCUAUAUACAGGGUGUCUACUAGUGGAAUAUCAAUAUUUUAAGGUGUUAUUUUUGGAUUCUUUUUAAAAAGAAAACUUUAUAAGAAUAUAUGUCUUAAACGUCUUAAGUUUCGAGAUACAAGGUGGUAAAGUUUUUAAAAAUAAAUAAUUUUUUGAUAUAUGUUAUACCACUCUAGAUAUUUAAAUUUAGUACACAGGUACUAUGCAUCAAAAUAUAUUUUUGGUGUACAACAUCUGUCGAAAGUG